GCGGCUCGUCUGCCGUGCCUUCACGCACGGCAGAACUGCCGUACGGGCCACAAUCGGCCGUUCGUUCACUGCUUUCUCAUCCAACGGACCUCUGCUACCCCACUAACAAGCGAACCGAAUUAGCGGGAGCUGUUAAUAAAAUAGGCGCCAAAAUCACGUCCGCCGCCUGGCCUUCUCGCGCCAAAAAUUGCUGCGCCGCGUAUCAAGGUGAGGACUGAGGUGCUCGUCGCACGAAUCGGCACAACCAAGAUGCGUUCUCCUUGAGUUGCCACCGCCGCGAUCGUGCCAAGCUGCUGCCACCACCGCCGCCGCAUCGAAUCCAACGGAGCUGCCGCCGUGGCUUUGCUUGUCGAGCAGCCGCCACCGCGUCGCCCGUCGAGCAGCCGCCGCCGCCGCCGAAUCCAACAAAGUUGCAAUCGCAGCGUCGCCGUCAGCUUCCGCCGCUGUGUCACAUCCAACAAAGCUGGCUCCAAACUGCGCGUACACGUUGCGAUCUAAGGCGAGGAGUCACGUUCGAUCGCCAUAGGUAAAAAUCAAAAACUCAUCGAUCUCCUAAUUUGCUUUUCAAAACUGAUGCUUAGCUGAUUUUCUUCCUUGUACAUUCUCCUCUGUAUUGCUGAAGAACUUUGGUUUUUAUUGCCACUUAGUCAAUUGGUGGAGCCAUCCCACAUCUGUUUUCCAAUGGAAAGCACAAACGAGGGAGAUCACCAGGAUAAUGGCAGUCUGAAUACAUCGAGUGCCAUACCAAGUUGGGUACCACAGAUGGGCAUGAAAUUCGGCACUGUCGAUGAAGCAUGGACAUUCUGGGUUACUUAUGGGGGCAAAGUUGGAUUUGGUACUAGAAAGCGAUACCUCAACCCAAGUAAGUUUGAUCGGACAAUCACGUCGUGCAGAUUUGUUUGUCGCAAGGAAGGCCAUCGAGGAAAAGACAAAAGAGAUAAGCAUAUUAAGGAACCUCGAGCUGAGAUUCGAACCGGUUGUCUAGCUCGCAUGGGUCUCACAAUAAACAGAGAAGCGGGAAAUUAUGAAGUAACCGAUCUUGUUCUAGAGCACAACCACAUUAUGCAGUUGCAAGAAACAUGCCACUUUCUGCCAUCACAGCGAAAGAUAUCUGAAAUUCAAGCUUUUGAGAUUGAAAUUGCAGAUGAUUCAGGUAUUGGGCCAAAAGCUGCGUAUGAGUGUGCUAGUCGUCGAGUUGGUGGACCAUCUGUUCUUGGCUAUAUACGUAGGGAUCACAAAAAUCACCUACGUACUAAGCGCCAAAGGGAACUAAUGUAUGGUGAAGCUGGGAGUAUGUUAAAAUACUUUCAGGAUAAAGUCGCCCAAAACCCAUCGUUCCAAUAUGCCAUACAGCUAGACAAUGAAGAACAGAUCACAAAUAUAUUUUGGGCUGAUGCAAAAAUGUUAAUUGAUUAUGCUCAUUUUGGUGAUGUGGUUACUUUUGACACAACAUUUGGAACCAACAAGGAACUUAGGCCAUUUGGUGUAUUCGUUGGGUUCAAUCAAUUCAGACAAACUGUUAUAUUUGGUGCUUGCCUUUUAUAUAGUGAAACAUAUGAGGCUUUCAAAUGGCUAUUUGAAACUUUUCUCUUUGCACAUAAUCAGAAGCAUCCAAGAACUAUAUAUACAGAUCAAGAUGUUGCAAUGGGAAAUGCGGUUGAGGAUGUAUUUUUAAUGGCACGGCAUGGUUUAUGCACGUUUCACAUAAUGCAGAAUGCCAUCAAACAUUUAUCUUGUCAUAAGAAGGAGGAGGAGGAGGCGGAGGAGGAGGUUGAAGGGGAGGGGGAGGGGGAGGAGGAGGAGGAGGAGGAUGAACCACAUAUUCUUGCAGACUUCAGUGCUUGCAUGUAUGAGUACCGAGACAAGGAAACAUUUGAGGAAGCUUUUGACACCAUGCGAGGUAAAAUAGAAAAACAAACUUGGCUUGAUAGCAUCUAUAAGGUAAAAGAGAAGUGGGCUGAAUGUUUUAUGAUGGAUGCUUUCACCUUGGGAAUGCGAAGCACACAACUAAGUGAGAGCCUAAAUAAUGACCUCAAGAACCACUUAAAAGCAGAUCUUGACAUUCUUCGUUUUUUCAAACAUUUUGAAAGGGCCGUGCAAGUGAAACGUGAUGCUGAGUUGAAUUCAGAGUAUGAGUCUAGGGAGUUAUUACCUAGGGUCAAAAUGAAUGUUCCCAUGUUGAUCCAGGCAAGCAAGGUCUACAGUCCUAUCAUAUUUGAAAGUUUUCAAGCAGAAUUUGAGAGAUCCAUUGCAUCAUUCACCAAACAACUAGAUGUGGGCUAUGAAUUUGCCAUAACAAUCAGCUCCGAAGAUGAAUGCAAAGUUAUUGGGAAUCCUUUUGAACAAACAGCUUCCUGCAGCUGUGGCCAGUUUGAGAGAAUCGGUAUAUUGUGUGCCCAUGCUAUAAAAGUUCUUGAUUUGAUGAACAUUAAGUUAUUGCCAGAACAUUAUAUUCUGAAGAGAUGGACUAGAGAAGCACGGUGUGGAACUAUUCAGGACAGAAGUGGGAGGAAUGUUGUUGAGAACCCAAUGUUCGAUAUUGAUCAGCGCUACAAAUCUCUCAAUCGCAAGUUUAUGAAUUUGGCCACCCAAGUAGCUCCCUCCGAAGAAUGUUGUACUCUGCUUGAAAGUGCACUUGAUAGCCUUACUAAGGAAUUUCUAGGCCGAAUGAAAAAUGCCCAUCAAAGUAACCACAUGGAGGGAUGUUCCACCCAAGUGGUACAUGAAGAAUCAAAUGAGCACUUAGCUGCUGCACGCCUAAAGAAAAAAUCUCCUAAGAAGAAAACUAGAAAGAGAAAGUUGAACUGGAUUGACAAGCAACAUAAGAACAAGAAGAAAGGGGCUCCAAAGAAAGGACAAACUGAAGUAAAGAGAGCAAAGAAAUUACCUAAGCAAAGAGAAGAUGGGAUUGGACCAUCACAAUCGCACACCAUAGAAAACAAUGAGUAUUGGAGCAACCAGAAUGUGACCGGGAGUAAUUGUUUCACAGAUAAUUAUAUUGCACCUAGUUUUACCGAUUUGGUGACGACUUCUAGAGUCGAAGACAUUGAAGCCCUUUGCCGUGACGACUUCUUUUGAUAAUUAAAGGAAGUGCUCUCUUCAUUUGGAUGCAGUGAAAAGUCCAUUUAGCAGUAGUUCUGUGAAAUGCACUCAUGUGAUGUGGCUUCUCAGUGUUAUGGUAUUUUGGGGAUUUAUAUAAGUAGUAAUAGUAUUCUGUUGGUGCUUGAGUUUCAAUGC